AUGGACGAUUCGAUUCCAAUCCUAUCUCCAUCUCCGUACGAGCUUCUCUUUCAAGCUCUCUCCCUCAUCCCGAUUCGUCACUACCUCUACGCUCUCUUCUUUCUCUGGUCCGUCUUCUUCUACCAUUUCCUCGAGUUCCAUUUCCUUGGCGAUACGAUUCUUCGGUUUUUCAAAUGCCGCGUCAAUCUCAUCUACAAUCCCGAUUCGCCUCUUUACCACGGCGUCGUUUCUCGCUGUCGGAUCCUUCACGGCCGAUAUGUAGCGACGCCAUGGCUAGCGAGUCCUCAUCUUCAGACUUGCUUCCUUAAUUUCAACGGAUUGCCUCCGGUUUUCACCUACAGAAGACAUCUCUUUCGUGCUUCUGAUGGUGGAACCAUUGCACUGGAUUGGCUGACGAACUCUGAUGUUCUUGAUGGCUCUCAUCACAAUCAGACUGAAAUCACAAAGGAAGAUACGACUCCCAUCGCUGUCGUUAUUCCAGGGUUAACUAGUGAUUCUUCAUCUGCCUAUCUAAAGCAUCUUGCCUACAACACUGCAAAAUCAGGUUGGAAUGUUGUUAUUAGCAACCAUAGAGGAUUAGGUGGUGUUUCUGUUACUUCUGAUCGCUUCUAUAAUGCUGGAUGGACAGAGGAUGUACGGAUAGUUCUUGCUCAUCUUCAACAGGAAUACCCAAUGGCUCCUCUUUUUGCUAUUGGAACUAGCAUUGGAGCAAAUGUUCUGGUCAAAUACCUUGGGGAAGAGGGUGAAAAGACUCCUCUUAGGGGCGCUGUAGCGAUUUGCUCUCCAUGGGACCUCUUGAUUGGUGACAGGUUUAUCUGUCGAACGUUGAAACAAAAGUUAUACGACAAAGCUCUCUGCAUCGGACUCCAAGGUUAUGCCCAAUUGCAUGAGCCUCAGUAUACACGGCUUGCUAAUUGGGAAGGCAUUAAAAAGUCACGUUCCAUCCGAGAUUUUGACAACCAUGCUACCUGUCUUGUCGGAAAAUUUGAGACAGUGGAUACGUAUUACCGAAAAUCUAGCAGUACUCAAUACAUAGGCAAUGUGGCGAUUCCGCUACUCUGUAUAAGUGCUCUAGAUGAUCCAUUAUGCACAAAGGAAGCUAUUCCUUGGGACGAAUGCCGGGCAAACAAAAACAUUGUCUUGGCGACAACAAAUCACGGAGGACAUUUAGCUUUCUUCGAAGGAUUAACUGGAUCUAGCUUGUGGUGGGUUCGAGCCACCAACGAGUUUCUUGGUGCUCUUAGCUGCAGUCGUUAUAUGCAUAUACAGAAAAUUCAAGAGAGAAGUAGCUCAGGAGCAGAAAAGCAGGAGGAGCCAUCGAUAAACCAAGGGCCGUACUUAAACAUCGCAGAAGACGGGUUAGUGGCAGCAGUCACCUACGAGCAGGACACCAAUACCACCACACCGUCAGGAGAAGCGAACCAAAGAGGACCAAAGCCUGAGGAUGAUGUAACGAAGAGAAGCUUUAAAGCGCUGUGUAGGCAGACAAAACGGUCCGUGUGGUGGCUUGGUUACAUAGGCGUGGUAACAGGGUUUCCUUUACUUGGGAUGCUCGUAAAUUACCUCUUCCGUAAGAAGCAACGACCCACCAAAACAUCCAAAUCCUGA